GCGCUUCCUGGUGAGAGCGCGCAUGUGUGGAUCGGUGCUGCGGCAGCGUGCGUGCGUGCGCGCGUUUCGCUCUGACCCCGCCGUUAAUCUGCGCCCGACGCUUUCGUCAGUCGCAAAGACGCACCAGCGCCUUAUUGUUACGAGGAGCAUCGUCUUCACCGGAAGGAUUCAGGGCCUGCCGAUUCUUUAAGAGAGAGAGAGAGAGAGAGAGAGAGAGAGAGAGAGAGGCUUCGAACUCGCAUCGAUUUGUGCUCCGGCUGCUUUUCAGCGCGCGUCCACGUUGGGUCUCCAGAUUCCCGCCACCGUGCGCGUAAUGUGUGGCACAGAAGGAAGACAGUAAAAAAGAGGGACUCGUCCAUCUGCCACACCAAGAUUAAGAUGAUGAUGAUAAAGAUGAUGAUGAUGAUGAUGUCUUCAUCAAAUUCCGCGUCCAAAUGCUCUGCAACAAAGGCGAAGCCAUCUCUUCCCGUCAAGCUCUUUCUCUGGGUGUUUAUUUUGGUUAAUCUCCCCACAAGCUCUUUCCAGACUGAUGAGGACGACGUGGCCAAUAAGACCUGGGUGCUGACUCCCAAAGUGUAUGAGAGUGACGUCACACAUAUCCUAAACAGCCUACUCGAUGGAUACGACAACAAGCUCAGACCUGACAUCGGAGUUAAGCCAACAGUGAUCCAUACAGACAUGUUUGUCAACAGCAUUGGUCCAGUAAAUGCCAUCAAUAUGGAAUACACUAUUGACAUCUUUUUUGCCCAGACCUGGUAUGACAGAAGGUUAAAAUUCAACAGCACAAUGAAGGUUCUGCGCCUCAACAGCAACAUGGUAGGGAAGAUCUGGAUCCCGGACACAUUUUUCCGUAACUCAAAGAAAGCCGAUGCUCACUGGAUCACCACACCCAAUCGGAUGCUUCGGAUUUGGAAUGACGGGAGAAUUCUUUACACCCUCAGGUUGACCAUUGAUGCCGAGUGCCAGCUUAAACUGAACAACUUCCCAAUGGAUGAGCACUCAUGUCCCCUGGAGUUUUCAAGCUAUGGAUACCCCAGGGAGGAGAUUGUGUACAAGUGGAAGCGGAGCUCUGUGGAGGUUGGGGACAUUCGCUCCUGGAGGCUUUACCAGUUCUCGUUUGUGGGACUGAGGAACACCACCGAGGUUGUCAGGACUGUCUCAGGAGACUACGUGGUGCUGACUGUUUUCUUCGACUUGAGCAGGAGAAUGGGCUACUUCACUAUCCAGACCUAUAUCCCAUGCACCCUGAUUGUUGUCCUGUCCUGGGUCUCAUUCUGGAUCAAUAAGGAUGCAGUGCCUGCCAGGACAUCACUGGGCAUCACUACUGUGCUGACCAUGACAACACUGAGCACCAUUGCCAGGAAAUCUCUACCAAAGGUUUCCUAUGUGACAGCCAUGGACCUGUUUGUCUCUGUCUGCUUUAUCUUCGUCUUUGCCGCACUCAUAGAGUAUGGCACGUUGCAUUACUUUGUCAGCAACAGGAAGCCAAGUGCCAAAAAGGAUAAGAAGAAGAAAAAUCCGCUCCUCCGGCUCUUUUCCUCAAAGCAGACACCCACGGUAGACAUCCGCCCUCGCUCAGCCACAGCCAUUCAGAUGAACAACGCCACGCACAUGCAGGAGCGAGACGAGGAGUACGGCUACGAAUGUCUGGACGGAAAGGACUGCACCAGUUUCUUCUGUUGUUUUGAAGACUGCCGCUCAGGAGCAUGGCGGCACGGCAGGUUGCACAUCCGCAUCGCCAAGAUUGACUCAUAUGCACGUAUCUUCUUCCCUACUGCGUUUGGCCUCUUCAACCUGGUCUACUGGGUCUCCUAUCUGUAUCUCUAGGCCUGGUUGGGUAACCCAGCCUUAUUGUCCACUUCAUUAUGUUCUACGCAUGCUCUGCACCGGUGAGGGACAUUUCCAAGGCAGGACCAACUGAAAUACCCCAAUUUUAAGUAUUUACAAUAUAUUAGUUCUUUUUUUUUUUCUUUCCAGCAUUAAUGUUCUUAUUGGAUAACAUGAGUGACUUUGCAAUUGCUGUAGCAUCAAAUUUAACUGGUAUCAGGAGGUUUUAAUGUUUUUUGAAAGCACUGAAAAAUCUAAAUGGUUAUUCAAAGAUUUUUAUAUACAGUAUAUAGCUUGAUAUUUGGCACAUUGAAUGGAAUUUGCCUUUAAUUUCUGCUUCAUGUAUUUUACUUUCACAAAAAUGCAUUCAUGUUAAUAUAGUAAAUAUAUUAUAAACCACAUUCAUUAAAACUUCUGAUUGACAUUAUCUCGUUUUUUUUUUUUUUUCAUAAAGUACCUACACAAAAUCUGAAGCACUUUAAUAGAGCUAUGUUUGUUAAACUGAGAUCCAUUUUAGGUAGGUUUUAUUCAGUAAAAUAUUUAUUUAACAGGUUGUCACCAUUAAAUAUUGCAUUCUUUUUAUGUGCGGUCAGAGAGAGAGAACCAAUGUUUAUGGACAAUGCUUAACUGUACAGACGAUGUAUAUAUUUUAGCAUUACAUAGUGGUUUACAUUUAUUGCAUGCACCUUUCAGGCCA